CCUCGUUUUCUUUCCCCAUCGCCUGAACGGAGCCGCCGUUCCUCUGCCCGGCCGUCGUCGUCCUCCCCCUCCGACUGAAAUCCCUCCCCUCCACACAAUCUUCCAGCGAUUCCUCUCGGUUGCUUCCGCUACCCUCACUCACUCCUCUGCGCGGCCCUCGCCCCCACCAAUUAAUGGCUUCGUCCACGCUCGCCGCAGCCAGCUGCUUCGCGGCCGAGGGCGCCACCUGCACGCCGACCGGCAUGCAAGAUCUGCGGCGACCACGAUGCGUCUCUCCUCCUGCUGCUUCUGCUGCUGCUUCCGCCUCGUCCCAAGCGAGAAAAUGUAAGGUCUCGACCAAAUAAUUGAUGUUUGGACCGGUGUGUAUUGGCAUCAGUUGCUUCAUUUCUGUUGGAGGAGUGGAUGUGUCGACCGGUGUGUCCUUAAGCCAGAAGAAGACCACCAUUUGUGUUGUUUUAUCCUAGUGUUUCAAGAAACAAGUAGCUACUACGCGAUGUUCACAAUAUAUGCUCCCGUCAAUUAUGAUAUUUGAUACAAUGCAUAGAUACAUUGAUUCCUUUUACAAGAGGUUGUGUCUAAACAAUAUAUAUGUGCUGUGUUGGGCAUGUCAGCAGACUUAAUCUAUUUAGUUUGCAGGUAUCUGUGAAAACAAUAACUCUUUGCAGGGGGUCUCACGUGUCCCCAUGGAAUCUCGAGGUAAACAAUACUAAUAGAGUAGACCGAGAAAGCUUGUUAAUCUUUUCAUUUGUACGGGCAAGUGUUAUUACUUUACUUAAUCUAUUAUUGGCACUGACGAAAGCUACCAGUUAAUUAAACAGCGAUGCCACUAAGCAGCCAGCAAGUGGGCAACUUGCUAAUUUCUUUCACAAGACUCGAGGCUGCCUUUGUAGACUCUGCUAGCCAGAGAGUCUGCAUCUUUUUCCGCAGGCUCCAAAAGUAGUAUCCAACCACUAUUUGCUCUUGCUUGGUUCCAAUAUGCUGCCGAUAGAUCUGGCAAAGUUUCAUGUUGGUCGCUUUUGUUAGUUGUUCAUGUUGCUCCACAGAUCACUUAUGAUUGAACUGAUCCUGCGCCGCUCUCCGAGAUCUCGCAGCACUCUCAGCAGUGGCUUAUCAGUUUUGUUACCGGCAUGUAUUCAGAUGUAGCAGCAGGGUUCUCUCUUGGUGAUUGACUGAUAAUCUUCUAUUAUCUAUUUUUAAAUCUGGCUUGGGCUCAAUCUUACGAGAUCUUAAGAGUAGCGAUGGGCUGACCAUUGGAGUAAACUGUGUCUUCAAAAUGAUAACUAUUGAAUUUUAUUAUUGACGAUUUUUCCUUGCUGGAAGACUAGUUUGCAAGCCUUCACUUUUUGCCAUCUACGGAACAAGUCACCCUGGUAUUUUUUGGUGAUCUACCCCCUGUGCGCGCAAUUUCAUCUGUUUGAUGGCAGCCGUUCUAGCAUCUUUGCUUGGAUCAUGUGCCAAUAAGUUGAAAGAUAUCAUCACAGAUGAGGCCAUACUAAUCCUAGGGGUGGAAAAAGAACUCACAAAACUGCUGCGGCGAGUGGAACUAAUUCAGUGUUGUAUAUACGAUGCUGAGAAAAGGAGGAUAAAAGAGCAAGCAGUAAACAAUUGGCUUGGUCAACUGAGAGAUGUUAUAUAUGAUGUUGAUGAAAUCUUGGAUGUGGCUAGAUGUAAAGGAAGCAAGCUACUUGCUGGCCACCCUUCACCAUCAUCAGGCAAAUCAGUUGCAUGUAAAGGCCUUUCAGUUUCCUCUUGUUUUUGCAACAUCGUGCCACGCCGUGAUGUUGCUACUCGGAUUAGAAGCCUGAACAAAAAGAUUGAGAACAUUGCAAAUGACAAGAUAUUUUCGACUUUCAACAGUAGUACACAACCUACUCGAAAUGGUCCAACAUCCAAACUGAUAAGAAGUUCCAAUCUUGUUGAGCCCAACCUUGUGGGGAAGGAGAUCAUACAUUCUAGCAUGAAGUUGGUGGAUUUAGUGCUUGCACACAAGGAAUACAAGUCUUACAAGCUCGGUAUCGUUGGAACUGGAGGAGUUGGUAAGACAACACUAGCUCAAAAAAUAUACAAUGAUCAGAAAAUAAAAGGAAGCUUCAAGAUGCACGCAUGGAUUUCUGUUUCGCAAGACUACAGUGAAGUAACUCUUUUGAAAGAGGUCCUCCGGAAUAUUGGUGUGCAUAGUGAGCAAGGAGAAAGCAUAACAGAGCUACAGAGAAAUCUUGCACAAACAAUUAAAGGCGAGAGUUUCUUUCUCGUUCUUGAUGACGUGUGGCAUUCCAAUGUAUGGACAGAUUUACUGAGACCUGCAUUUCACGAAACAAGUGUCGGAAUAAUAUUGGUAACAACACGAGAUUAUCAAAUUACAAAGAGAAUAGGUAUAGACCAUACCCAUCAAGUUGAUCUCAUGGCAGUAGAAGUGGGAUGGGAGCUACUUUGGAAGAGCAUGAACAUCGAGGAAGAAAAGGAAGUGCAGAAUUUAAGAAAAACAGGGAUUGAGAUUGUUCAUAAGUGUGGUCGCCUUCCUCUUGCAAUCAAGGUUACCGCUAGUGCUUUGUCAAGCAGAGAACUAACAGAGAAUGAGUGGAAAAGGUAUUUGGGUAGAUUUAUUGGCUCUCAGAGCAUCCUCUUGGAUGAAAUAGAAGAAGCUUUGUAUCUAAGCUAUGAUGAGUUACCGCAUCGUUUGAAGCAGUGUUUCCUUUAUUGUGCUUUGUAUGUUGAAGAUUCUGUCAUUGAACGUGAUGAAGUUACCUGGUUAUGGAUUGCUGAAGGCUUCAUCGAGGAGCAGCAAGGUCAACUAAUAGAAGACAUAGCAGAAGAGUACUACUACGAGCUAAUCCAUCGAAAUCUCCUCCAGCCAGAAAUGAUAAAUUUUGACCAGGAUGAAUGCAAAAUGCAUGACCUCUUAAGACAGCUUGCUUUAAAUAUAUCAAGAGAAGAAUGUUUUAUUGGAGAUGUUGCGACAUUAAGGGGUGGAAAUAUGUCAAAACUUAGACGUGUUACUGCUGUUAUUAAGAAGGAUAUGUUAGUUUUACCUAGAGUGGAUAAGGUGGAUGUUAAGGUGAGGACUUUCCUAACUGUUAAGGGUCCAUGGAGAAUUGAGGAUACAUUGUUCAAGAGAUUUCUGCUUCUUCGUGUUUUGGUACUGAAUUACUCACUUGUACAAAGCAUUCCAGGAUAUAUAGGAAAAUUGAUACAUCUACGUCUACUUAAUCUGGAUUAUACUGGCAUAUCUUGUCUUCCGGAAUCCAUUGGCUCCCUAAAGAACCUUCAAGUAUUGAGCUUGAAAUGGUGUAAUGAUCUGCAUGGUCUUCCUUUGGCAAUUACAUUGUUGUGCAGUUUAAGAUGUCUUGAUCUUUAUGGCACAGAAAUCAAUCAAGUUCCAAAAGGCAUGGGGAAACUGAAGCUCCUCACUUAUUUAGGAUAUUAUCCUGUUGGUGAUAGAAGUGAUGAUGCACUUGUACAAGAUGGAUGGAAGUUGGAAGAGUUGUCUUCUUGGUCGCAGAUGAGGCAUCUUGGCAUGGUUAAAUUGGAAAGAGCAACUCAUUCUAGUACAAAUGCAGUGCUGACGGACAAAAAACAUCUAAAAGAACUAGUCCUAAAGUGGACUGAACGUGGAGAGGGGUCAUAUUCAGAAGAAGAUGUUGGAAAUACUGAGAAGGUCUUUGAGCAGCUAAUACCUCCAGACAACCUGGAAGACCUAUCUAUUGUUGGAUUCUUUGGUCGGCGGUAUCCCACCUGGUUUGGUACCACCUGUUUGUCUUCCUUAAUAUACUUGAAACUCAUAGAUGUACAAUCAUGUGAGGAACUUCCACCGAUCGGGCACCUACCCAACUUGAAAUAUGUGAGAAUUGAUGGAGCACAUGCAGUUGCCAAGGUUGGACCUGAAUUUGUUGGCUGCAAGAAGGGUGAUCAUGUAUGUAAUGAGUUUGUUGCUUUCCCAAAACUUGAAUGGUUGAUCUUCGCAGAUAUGCCCAACUGGGAGGAGUGGUCUUUUUUUGAGGAAGAAGUUGUUGCUGAUGUAAGCGGAGUGGAUGGAGCUGCUGAGAUCCGAAAAGAGGAUGCCCAACCUGCAAGGGUGCGACUGCUGCCUCGUUUGUUGGAAUUGCAACUUCACGGUUGCCCGAAGCUGAGGGAUCUCCCGCAACAGCUUGGAAAGGGCACCACCUGUUUGAAGGAGCUCACCUUAAUAGGACUAAACAGCUUGAAGGCCGUGGAGGACCGCCCAGUGCUCUCUGAGGUCCUUGUUAUUGAGGAUUGUGAAGGCCUAGAGAAGGUCUCCAACCUCCCUGAAGUGGCAGAGCUGCAUGUGGGUGGUUGUCCAAACUUAAGCCAUGUAGAGAGAUUGGACAGUUUGCAGCGGCUGGGGCUGGGCGAGGAUAUGCAAGAGAUCUCUUCACGUUGGGUGCCUGGGCUUCAAGAGCAGCACCAACGACUUCAUGGCGAAGAUCUGGAUAUCUACACGCUGUUUAGGUAGUAGAUGGCUGGCAAGCCUAGGACUGGUGGCACGGAUCUUUUCGGCUGGCAAAGCACGAGUCAUACUAAGCUGAGGAGGCCUGUCCAUGCUGAAGAUGUGCAAGUGUGCCAUGGUCUGUAGCGAGCUGGUGAAGGAAGUGUUUUGUUUUUCUUUGGGCAGGUGCCCUGGAAUUAAUGUAUCGAGUUUCGUCUUAUUUCUUUCUGAACUUUCCCAGAGACUUUCAUUGUACUGAAUCUGCGUGGCAUGGUUUGUUCUUUGGAUGUAACCAACACAGUUCGUUUAUCUCCUUCUGAACUUGGGGCCGGAGGCCCUUUAAUGUAGUGAACCUGCGUGGCACGGUUGUUGUUUGAAUGGAAGUGAUGAAUUUCGUUUUGGCACGAUUUUA